AUGGGCAGACGGCCAUCAGGAGCACUCCACUCGACUGGGUUCACUCACUCGAUCGAGCUUGCGGCUCCUCUUCUUCCUCUUCUUCAUCUUGAAGUGGGUUCUCAAACAGGGGCUCCUCAGGUCAACUCGACCGUCAGCUCGAUCGAGUUGAGUUUCCUCUGUUUGGACUCGAUCGAGUCCGGUGGUCGAGCUGGAGCGUCUGGCCUUGGAACUCUUCCUCCUUCUCUGCGUGUUGUCUUCUCCUUCCCUUGGCUCGAAAGAAGAGGCUCUGUGAGGCUCUUGGGCAGGGAGCCUCCUUGGAGUGGUGAGAAGAGAUCUACUCCUAGGGAAUGUGGAACCAUGGGCUUCUUCUUCUUGCUUGAAGAACCAGAAACCUUCUUCUCCAAACUUUGA